GGAACAUUUCAACAUUAAUUUCCUUGAGUUUCUAAGCACCAAGUACACAGAACUUGUUGUGGCUUCCAGGGCUAACGUCCCUUCUGCUGGAAUUCCAGAUAGUGGCAGUCUGCUGAAAUAUGAGUUCAGUUACCAAAUAUAGAUGAGUGCGGUAAGAAUACAUAGUCACAGAGGACAGAUGUAAUUCAUAGGCCACAGUCGCCUCGAUGCUUACUCAGGACCAAGCAAUCAUUUUUGAAUAGUUAAAGCAACUUUCAGCUUUCUUAAACAAAGAAGAAAAAAGCAGCCUUUCCUGAAAUUAAUUAUAUGUGAGACUCUUCAAACUGGCCUAACAAAUAUAAGCAUGCAAGACAGAAGGCGUGAGCAGGUGGUGUCUCUACCCUUAAUGCUGAAGGAGGCUUACUCAGCAGAGAAAAGAGCCCACGAGGGUUACUCUGAAAACAUGUCAGAGGCUUCCUCCUUUCAUGAUUUUUUUUAUGAUUCCCUAUCAGGCAUACAGGAUGGAGAGGUUUCAAAUGAGCUAUCUGCAUUUCUCAGCAAGGAGGAGAUAAGUAAAAGCCUUGACCUUGCCAGAGAAGCUAUUGCUAAUUCAGUGAAGGAGAAUCAGAAUGUAGAACAGGAGUUCACUCAUCAUUUCAACACUUCUCCAAACUCAUCAGAAUAUGCUUCUUCUAGGAAGGCCAAAGACCAUGAACAAGAUGUUUUGGGGAGGCUUCAGGUGAGCAGCCCAAAUUCACUAUUCAGCACAGCUCAAACUCUCCCAGAGCAACAGAAACAGCAACCACCCAUGUCCCCUCAGGCAGCAAGCAGCAUUUGCACUGUCCCUGGGAGGCAAGGCAGCAUCUCGCCCUCACUAACAGCUAGCCCCAGCUUUAUUCGGAGUCUAAGAAAUGCAGAGAGAUGUAGUCCAAAUACGCAAAAGACAAGCCCAAAAUCCAAAUCAAUGUCCCAGGGAGAUGCUCCUUUCAGGAACAAGCUGUGUGACAAGGCUGCCAUGUUCAUUGAAGAACUUUCUUCCAUAUUUAGAGAAGCAGCAAAGGCAAGAGGCAGGAGUCCCAGUGGGGACUCCUCUUCUCCAGACAGUGGAUACCUGUCUCCUAAAAAGAAACAGUCAGCCAUGAUAAAUGCUUCAGUGAAUCAGAGCCCUGUCAAAGCAUAUCCAGAGACCAAACCUGAAGCAAAGUUACCUGAGACUCACCACAAUGGAGAGCCCUUCCCUGACAGGCAGAAUGUCAUUCAAGAAAGUGGAACUGCCUUCCACCAUGAGCUCACCAAUCCGAGUAGCUAUCCGUCUUCAGCUCCUCGAUUUACCCAGAAACUCAGGAGCCAGGAAGUGGCUGAAGGAAGCAAGGUGCUGCUGGAGUGCAGAGUGGCUGGAAACCCAACACCUCAUGUCAGGUAG